AUGACACCGUCCAAGAUCAUGUCGCCAGCUGAUGUUGAGCCGCCCAUACUGGCUGAACUGGCCGAGGCUUGCGGCACGUCAGCCAGUGCCAUCGACGACAUAUACGAAUGCACCCCCUUCCAGGUGUCCAUGAUGGAGGAGCCGCAACCGGACGUGUACCAGUUUGUCGUCUCCCUGGACUCGGCAUCAGGCGUUGAGGCGGCGCGGAAGACUCUCGAACACGUCAUUGCCCGCCUCGCGAUACUGCGCACGAGGAUUGCAGCAUGCCAGCUGGGGAGGAUGCUUCAGGUGGUCGUGGCAGCGGGAAACGGACAGUUGGAGUCCACCCAGCUGGACGUCGACGAGUAUCUGCAGCAGAGCAGGAGAGCGGGCGGCAAGCAAUGGCUGGGUCAGCCGCUGUUCCGCGCAGCAUUCAUCGGCAACAGACUUGUCGCCACGGCACACCACGCCAUCAUGGACUACUGGUCGUGGUUCACCCUGUUCAAUGUGGAUGUCGCAGCUGCGCAUCGUGGACGGCUCCCCGACCGGCCCGCGUUUAAGGAGUUUGUGGCUCGCUGCCAUGCCCUUGACGAUGCUGUGGCCGCCGACUUUUGGCGGGCUCGAUUCAGAGGCAGCCCUGCUCUCUUUCCCGAGCCGGACGCCUCCAGAGGCUGUUCGGGGCAGGUCAGAAGAGCUGCGGUAAGAAGAGUGACCUUUGCAUCCUUGGCCGGCCUGGAAGGCGUCCGCGCCCAGAUACCGCACUUCAUCGAGGCGGCGUGGGCCCUGACGUCGAGCAUCUACACUGGGAGCGAAAGCGUCGUGUACGGAUUCAUACUAUCCGGCCGGUCGUCCUCUGCCAACGGACUUCGAGACACCAUCGGACCAACCAUUGUCGAAGCCCCCAUCCAGGUUGACCUGCACCGCAACAUGACGGUGGGACAGCUCGUCAGGGACAGGGCCCUGUCCCUGCGACAGCUCCAAGCACACCCCUCGGUGCACUGGAGCAUGAAGAAGAUUCGGGCGCUGAGUCCUGCGGCCAGGCAGGCAGAAGCCUACCGGUCGCUGCUGAACAUUGUGCCUGAGCUCCCCCCACCCUCGGCGCCCGACGAUGCAGACGUCGUCACGUUCGAGCGCCUGGUAACCUCCGAAUCUCUGUUCCCCCUACACUUGAUCUUGGCGGUGAGCGACGACGGGUUUACGAUUGACCCCAGGUUCGACCCCGGGGCCAUCUCCGAGACGCGCCUGAACCACGUGCUGAGCCAGUUCGAGCACACGCUGCGGCUCUUGGUGGAAGCUCCGUCUGGCGCAAAACUGAGCAGCCUGGAGCUGCUGAGCCCCUACGACAGAGGGUGCAUUUCGGCAUGGAGCGCAGCAAGGCAGGCCGCCGACAAGACGGCGGAUUCGAAUUCAACCGUGGACGAGGCGUUCCGUGCUCGCGCGCGAGAGCGGCCCGACGACAUUGCGGUGGAGGGGGGCGGCGACGGGACGAGAACCGACUACCGCACGUUGGACCAGCUGUCCGAGCUCGUUGCUCACCAGCUGCGGGAAAGAGGCGUCUCGCGCGGUGCCUCGGUGGCCCUCGUAUUCGAGAGGUCGUUGUGGGCCGUCGUGGCCAUACUCGGGAUCCUGAAGGCGGGUGGUGUUUGCGUCCCGGUGGACAGGGGGGCCGGCCGCGAGGAGAAGGCCGCGCUCUGCUCUCGGGCCAAGGCGAAAGUGGCACUGACUUCGUCGGCAGAGCACGCCAGGUGUGCCGGGAUUGCGGCAAGCGUGCUGCCCGUCAGCGCCGGCUCCGCCGAGUCGGCUGCAGUCUCGGCCGUCGCGGGAGCCGGCGACGCAGGGGACCCCGCAGACGUGGCCUACGUGCUCUUUGCAGACGGCAGCGACCCGCGCGGCGUUGUGCUCGGACACGGCGACCUCGUCUCGUCGCUGAGGGCACAGGCCAAAGCGCUCAACUGGCAGCGGGGUUGCCGCAUGCUGCACCUUGCCGAGUACGCGUCGCGCUGGAGUCUCUGCGAGGUGCUGGGGACGCUCCUGUCGGGCGGGUGUAUCUGCAUCCCCGCAGACGCGGACGACCAAGAGGCGGGCCUGUCGCUGUCGCGCACCGUUAUUGAGCCGUGUCAACCGAGCAGGGCGAUACUCGUCUCCAGCCACCAGCUCGGGGACACGCUGCCGAGCAGCCUGCAGUCCAUCCUGUGCGUCGGCCAAGCCCGGGCCAAAGCACCGCCCGCCUGGAGGACCCCCGGCCGACAGGUCUUCCGCGGCUGGGGAGUACGCGAAGCGGGCCUCGUAAGCACCGCCCCGGAGACAACAGCCCGCGGGGAGGCCGGGCACGCAGGAGGAGGAAGAGGAGGAGGUGCGGGCGCGCCGCUCGCCAGCUGCUGGACCUGGAUCGUGAACCCGCACAACGUGCACGAGCUUGCUCCCAUCGGCAGCAUGGGCGAGCUGGUGGUGUCGGGCCCGAGCGUCGCGCAGGGCUACUGGGCGGAAGAGGCCAAGACGGCGGCGGCGGCGGCGUCGUCUGGCUGCUUUAUCGCGCCGCCCCGCUGGGCGAGCUGGUUCGGCGCGAGCGGCCCCCGCCGCUUCCUCCGCACGGGGUACCUCGCGCGGCAGAGCCCGGAGGACGGCAGCCUCGCCGUGGCGGGGAGGCGAGGCAACCGCGUCCGGGUCCGGGGCCGCACGGUGCAGCUGGAGCGCCUGGAGGAGGUGCUGCUCGGCUGCGAGCGCGUGCGCGACGCGGCGGUGGUGACGCAGAUAUCGGGGGGGCGGACGCAGCUGGUGGCGGUGGUGUGCCUGGCGGAUGCGCGGCUUCCGUCGCAGGGGGUGCUGCGGAGGCUGGACGAGGGGCUCGCCGCCGACGCCGCCGCCGCCGCCGCCAUCGCGGAGGAGCACACGGUGGCGGUGGAGCGAUACGCGAGAGCGGCGAUGCACGGCGACGAGGUGCCGGACGUGUGGGUAGCGGUGGAGGCGCUGCCGUGGGUGGACGGGCAGGAGCUGGACGGGGCGAGGAUCCGGCAGUGGCUGCGGGGCAGGGGUUCGUGA